UGUUUUCUAAAGAUGAAACCCAAAUAUUUAACAUUUAAUGCAGCUAAUGAAAAGUGUGUAACUUUUGGAGGCUCUCUUCCAUCUAUUUCAAGUCAAGCUGAGCAAGAUUAUAUAACAUCCCUGCUUCCUGGAAUGCCAAAAGAUAUUUGGAUUGGUUUGCAGUUUCUCUUCAGCACAAGGGAAAACAAAUGGAUAGAUGAGAGUAGACUGUUGUAUAGUAACUUUCACCCGCUCCUGACAGGAAGAUUAAGGAAAAUUCCACUGGAUCUUUUUGAUGAAGAAUUUAACAAUCAGUGUGGUGUAAUCCUCAAUGAUCCCAAAUCACAGUACGUUGGAACAUGGAAUUUCACUGCUUGUGCUGACAGGCACUUCUUGGGUAUAUGCCAGCGGCCUAUAGGUAUAGGAGCUGCUGAUAACCAGACAGAGCAAUUCCUUAAUGAAACGUUGAGCUAUCAAGAUGUUCAAUACAUGAUAAUUCCAAAGAAUGUGUCCUGGAAUGAUGCAAUGGCUGCAUGCAUAAAGAACAAGAUGCAGCUGGUUAGCAUCACAGAUCAGUUCCAGCAGGCUUUUCUUGCUGUUCAGGCUGCCCUUCAUAAUUACCCACUGUGGAUUGGACUCUUCAGCAGAGAUGGUGGAAAACAUUAUGGCUGGCUGGAUGGGAAACAUGUUAGCUUUAGUCGCUGGUCUGAAGAUGAUGAAGAAACAAGUGAAGAAUGCGUGGUUUUGGAUACUGAUGGCUUCUGGAAAACUUCUGACUGUUCCUCUGAAAAUCGAGGUGCUAUUUGCUAUGCCUCAGAAAAGAAGAUUGAAAAAGAACAAGUGACACAAGUUAAGUGCCCACAUAAGAUUAAAAAUACACCCUGGAUAUCAUUUAGAAACAAUUGUUACACUUUCAUGAUAACAAAAAAUAGAUGGAGAGAACUGAAGUCUCAAGAAGCUCAUCAUUUAUGCAAGAAAAUGAACCCAGAAGCGUUUGUUCUGAGCGUUCGUGAUGAAGAAGAGAAUAACUUUGUUACUGAGCAGCUUCAUUCAUUCAGUGGUCUGGCUAUGUGGGUCUGGCUGGGUGUGAUUUAUGAUGACAGUGAUAAAGUUCUCAAGUGGUAUGAUGAAACUCAUCUGACUUACAACAACUGGAGGCUGGGAAGACCUAACAUAAAGAAGAACAGUUUUUUUGCUGGUGUAAAUCUUGAUGGGUUUUGGGAUAUUUAUAAUUAUUCUCAAAGUUGGCAUGCUCAUCACUAUAAUGUGUACAGUAUUCUUGCCUGUAAAAUCGAAAGGGGACCCCAACAGCACAAGCCUCCAUUGCCAGAGUCUAUUCCACAUGGAAACAGAACAUACAGGAUCCUUCAGAAGAAGUUAACGUGGUAUGAGGCAUUGAGAGAAUGCAAACAAAAUAGGAGUGAUUUAGCAAGUGUACACAGUGAAUCUCAACAAUUAUUUCUAGAAGAUAUUGUCAAGCAGGAUGGCUAUCCUCUAUGGCUUGGGUUAUCAAUUCAUGAUGGAAGUAAAGCUAAUUUUGAAUGGUCAGAUGGAAGUGACUUUGACUAUUAUCCUUGGGAAUUAGAAAACUCAAAUACUACUGAGAACUGUGUUCUGUUGGAUACUAAAGGAUCUUGGAACCGUACAAAAUGUACAAGUGUUGCUGAAGGUGCCAUUUGCUAUAGCCCUCCAAACAAGAGGCAGUUAGAGCCAAAGGAAGUGAGCAGAGCGCCGGUAUGCCCACAGAUCAGUGCUGCCCUGCCAUGGAUACAGUAUAAGGAUCACUGUUAUGCAUUUGACAUGGCGUUCUACAAUUUUUCAGUAUAUAAUGUGGAAGAUGCUAAGAAAGUCUGCCAGAAGCUCAAUCCUUCAGCAAUCCUUCUGACUAUAGUGGAUGCUGAAGAAAACACAUUUGUGAGCACACACAUAAAGGAAAAUGAUCUCAUCACCAAGAAUGUAUGGCUUGGCCUGGCUCAGAGCUCUAAGGGUCAGUCUAUGAACUGGCUUGAUGGCUCAUCAGUCAAUUAUGUCAACUGGGAAAAUAAAACUGCAGAAGUCAAUGAAAAAUGCAGUGUUAUCCUGUCCACAACUGGCAAGUGGUCCAAAGUUGACUGCAAUCAGAGUCAAAGCAGAGUGGUUUGUAAAGCUCCUUUAGGUUCUAACCAUACUGGAGUGGCUGUAGCAUUUGCCCUGCUAAUUAUCUUGGUGUUUGUUGUCGGAUUAGUGUGGUAUCUCUAUAAAAAGAAGCGUCUUCACUGGAGUGCCUUCUCUUCUGUGCGCUACCAAAGAGGGAUGAAUGAUGAUGAAACUGAUGAUAUGUUCACAAAGGAUAACUAUUGA